AUGCAGACGGAGGAAGAGGCGCUAACUGCGUCGUUGGCGGCGUUCGACAAAAAGCUUGGAACUUACCGAUCGAUUAAUGCAGGUAACUACGCUGAUGAUGCAGUAUCUGGGUCCUACUCAGUGGUUGUAAACAGUAGGUACGCUAUGCUAUGUGGCUCCGAUUUCGAGGAACCUCUGGAUGGCGCGCAGACGCUGCGCGCAGAAUGCAUUUCUAUCCUACGGAGCUCGUUGCCGAUCUCUAUGGCAUUUUUAAUGGAAUUCUCGAUGACGAUCUGUUCGCUCUUCAUUAUCGGGCAUUUGUGCACUGCGAUGGAGUUGGCAAGCGCAUCGCUUGCGGUUAUGACGUACAAUAUCACCGGCCUCUCGCUAGUGGAGGGGUUGGCCACAGCCUUGGACACCGUAUGCCCCCAGGCAUACGGCUCACAGCGUUAUAGCAAAGUCGGGCUCUAUUUUCUUCGAGGAUCGGCGAUGAUCAUGGUGGGGAUGUCACUAACAGCGAUUAUAUGGUUUUUCAGUGCCUCGUGGUUGCAGCUCUUGAUUCCGGAGGCGGACUUAAUUCCAAAAAUACAGCUCUACUUACGAAUCAUGAUUCUUGGGAUUCCAGCACUUGUCCUUUUCUCGACGGGCAAACGGUAUUUGCAGGCGCAGGCGGUCUAUGAAGCCAGCACGUAUGUGCUUGCCAUCGUGUUCCCGCUGACGAUUGUAUUCGUUCUGGGGUUCACUCGGCAUUUUGGCUUUGUGGGUGCCCCCAUAGGCAUAGUUACCUCACAAUGGCUAAUGGUGAUCAUUCUAUUUGUCUUCGCUCGUUCUAUAAGACCGGACACUCUGCGGUGUUGGUAUCCCUUCAUGCAGUCAUCCCACCAUUUUAAGCGUGUAUUUACGCAUUGGCGCCCGUUGUGGGACUUAGCAUUCCCUGGGCUCGUAAUGCUCGAGGCUGAGUUCCUAUCGAUUGAAGCGUUGACUCUAAUCUCAACUUACUUCGGAGUUAACGCCAUUGCAUCGCAAACAGUAAUUGCAAACCUAAGUUCAUUAAUCUACCAAAUACCGUUUGCCAUAGGAUGUGUCAUCUCAAACAGGGUUGCCCACUAUGUGGGAAGUGGGCUGAUAAAGAACGCCCAGAUGACCAUCAAGGCUUCGUAUUGUCUUGCGUCAAUUGUCGGCGUAAGUAUGUGUCUGUUCGUCGCCUUCCUAAAUAAGCCUCUAGCACGGCUUUUCACCAACAAUGAAGAGGUGGUGGAACUUGCACAUAGUGUCUCGUAUAUUCUCGCCGUAAAUCAGAUAUAUGAUGCAUUCAACACGUUUGGAGCGGCCAUCCUUCGGGGUCAGGGUAGGCAGCGGCUCGGCGGCAUCUGGAAUAUGAUAGCCUACUACAUCGUAUCGCUACCGUUGGGCUGGUGGUUAGCAUUUGGGCCUCUAAAGCUAAAGCUCGCUGGGUUGUGGUACGGCUGCGGCAUUGGGAUCCUUAUCCUCGCUCUUGCAUUCUCAUGGUAUAUCUACAACAGCGACUGGCAGCUGAUAAUCCAGGAAUGCAACAAACGCGAAAACACUGAGGUAGAAAACGACAUGUUACAUUCAGAUAGUGUCGAUGCCAGUUUUUCGAGCCAGUGA